AUGCUAAAGACACCCAAAUUUCUCCAAGCAAACCCACAUUAAUUUUUUCGCCCUUCUGUUUUUAAAAGACUAGUAGGCAACUCUUCAGCCUCUUCUGUUCCCAUCAUCACCCCUAGCUACUUUUUGAAAGAAGACAUGGCAAACAAAUCUUACGAAGAGGCCAUUGUUGCACUUCAGAACCUCAUCAGUGAGAAGAGAGAAUUGGGACCCGUUGCAGCAGAAAGAAUUGAUCAAAUCAUAGCUGAGUUACAAACAAGCUGCAAAAUCUUCGACCCCAUUCACAGGAUCAAGUCUGGUUUUAUGUAUUUCAAAACAGAGAUAUAUGACAAAAAUCCAGAAUUGUUUGAGAAACUCAAGAAAGGCCAGGAACCCAAGUUUUUGGUGUUUGCGUGCUCCGAUUCACGAGUAAGCCCAUCCCAUAUGCUGAACUUUCAACCCGGUGAAGCUUUUAUGGUUCGAAACAUCGCCAACAUGGUCCCUCCUUAUGACAAGAUUAGAUACUCGGGUGUAGGAGCUGCCAUCGAAUACGCUGUUCUCCAACUUAAGGUAGAAAACAUUGUAGUCAUUGGCCACAGUGCUUGUGGAGGUAUCAAGGGUCUUAUGCAACUUCCAGAAGAUGGUUCUGAAUCAACUGAAUUUAUUGAGAACUGGGUGAAAAUUGGAUUACCUGCCAAGGCCAAGGUGCUAGCUGAGCACGCAGAUAAAACUUUUGAAGAACAGUGCAAAUAUUGUGAGAAGGAAGCUGUGAAUGUAUCACUAGCCAACCUGUUGACAUAUCCAUUUGUGAGAGAUGGUUUGGUGAAUAAAACGCUAGCGUUGAUGGGAGGUUACUAUGAUUUCAUUAAAGGAGAAUUUAAGCUCUGGGAAUUCCACUUCAGUCUUUUACCUCUAUGUUCCGUCUGAACUCAACUACCAUUUUCCGACAGGAGAAGACACCUCUUGUUCUUGCUCUUAUCUUGUUGUAUUUGUCGUUGACGAGUACUAUAUAGUUUAAUUUUCUAAAUAAAUAAAUAAGAGAGAGAGAGAGAGGGGACAAGAGUUCUCCCAUCUUAUGGUAGAAGAGAAGUGGUAAUUUUUUUUUUUUGUAAUAAUAAUGACUCUGUUCUGCAGAGGUAAAUAACAAAUAAUGGAGUUUUACUACUUUAGAA